GGUCUACCCUCAGAAAGAUCAGUAAAUUGAUCAUAAAGUUUUUGAUUUUUUCGUGUUGUGAACUCAGAAUAAAUUUUCGUUACAAAGUCCUCAAAAUAAAACCAAUAUUUUCAUCAUGAGCGCUACAGUUAAUACAACUAAGCAAGGAUUUUUGAUUGUUGGAAAAUGUGUGGAAAUGUACAAUGUGUUGGACGUAACUGUUCAAUGGGAUCCGAUCACAGAAACAAUCGAAGCGCAAGAUCUCCAUUUCGCAAACUAUACAAUCGAAACUGCUCAAAUCAUUGGCAAAGUUAAAAUGUUCACGUAUGAAGCAGCUGACAAAUAUUUUUGGGCAAAGCAAAGAAUGUACGAAAUGUGUAAUAUGGCAAAGCCACUCAUUGCAGCAUAUAAAAACCUGUUCGACAUGCAUGACCCAAGCAAUUUUCCAGCACAGAAGCAACUUCUACUGAAAGUGCUCGAUAAUGGCAUGGAAAAGAUGACUGCAGCCGAUGUUGAGUUGGAAAAGUGUGCAACAUACUUUGACCUUGUUGCGAAAGAAUUAACAGUGCUACUUGCUCAGUUAACAAUCGACUUUAGUCCGGAAAGUGAAUACAUGAAAUCGGUAUACGGCAAGAUACGUCACGGAGAGUAUGGAGCAGCUGCUGUAGGUGCUGUAUUGGGACCGUUUGGGUUGGUUAUGUCCGAAGCCAAUGUGGCCACCAAUGUCGAAGGACGAAUUAUUCCCGAUAUGCAGAGAAAAUUCGAUAAAGUCAAGAAUUUUGUUGAAAGUUUAAAGAUGCAAAUUGAGAACACAAGCACGGACAUUAAGAAUGCAAGGAAAAAGCUUGAUUUGGACAUUGAAAUUAUCAGACUUCAAAGUACUACGACUCAGCAAACCCAAUCAUCAGAAUCGCUUGACAUGAAUGUAUUUCAUGACGAGAUCAUUGGUCCUGUAAACGACUAUUUGACGCAUUGCGGUGAGCUGAAACACAAAGGUAAUAAUUGAAAGGAUCCAUUACAAUCUUUCGGAUGAUUUCGAAGUAAUUAUGUUCAAGAACUGAUUUUUUUUUAUUUUUUUGUAAUAAAUUUGAUUGGACCGUCG